AUUGAUGAUGUACAAAAUAAAUGUGAUACGCUACUGUUAAUGCCUGAUAAGUACUAUCAUUGGUCGACUUAUCAGUCUGGCUAUUUUUCACAAUCAUACGGAGAGCUGGAUAGUGUUUAUGACUAACAAAACUCUGUAAGUGUUCUGUGUGAAAUGGACAAAAAGGUUUGGGCAACCUGUGGUGAAUUUGAGUAUAUCCAGCUACCUCAACAGCAUCUGCAGGAUGCCUUGGAAGUACUGAAUCUCGGUUUUUACCCCUUCGAAAGCGUUUGUCGAGUAUUAGGUAUAGCCAAAGUCCCGGAGGCGGUGGCUGAUCUGAACCGACUCUCUGCAUGUGUAUCUGAGGAUGAAGUAUCAAUCAUUGCAAUGGAAAGAAAGACCAACAGGGUAGUAGGUGUCGCCUUCAACAAACUGCAGGUGAAUAGCAGCAGUGGCGAAGCGGGAUAUUUUGAGAAGUUUUUGGAAACAUGUAAGCACCCAGCUUCGCGAAAACUGAUGGAGCUUAUGAUAGAAGCGGAUGCGCUGUGUAAUCUUUUUGAAAAGUGCAACACUAACUGCCUCCUAGAGAUCAUGUUUCUCAGUGUACACCCCGACUAUAGAAAAGCGGGCAUUGGGUUGAAGCUAUGUGAAGUGUCCAUUGAGCUGGCCAAAUCCUUGCAAGGAGCUAAUGCACCGGGAGCUGUAUGUGCCUUGUUCACAUCUCCAAUUUCGCAGAAGAUAGGAUCUGAGCUAGGGAUGACCGUUCCUGCCAGGCUUGCAUAUGCUGAUGUUCAUUUCAACGGAAAAUCGUUUGCUGAUGUUCUAGAGCCUAACAAUAAGGAUAUCGCUGUUGCAUAUAAGCUACUAAAAACAAAUUAAGAAAUGAACCCUAAGAAAAUCGAAGCGCAAAUUACAAGAUGACUGUCAAUGUGAAAUAUGGGUCUGGAUCAUCUGCAUUUAGCAUCUAGACGUAUUCUUAUUCAAUGUUGCACUUAUGGUGUUUGAUUAUGACAGGCCUCUCCAACUCGAGCACUUAGUGCUGGUGCGCUCCGGUGCUGAACCCAGCGGCACCGGUGCCAUUCCCCCUCCACCUGGACCGCACAGCCGUCGCGACAGAGAGAAACAUAAUUAGCCGGCUGUCUCUCGGGCGCGGGCCAUUUCUUAAUAGGAUAAGGCAAAUUGGACAGGUUUAUAGCGUCUUUCCGUGCAUCUUUUUUUUUAAACGAUGUCAUUCAAUCCUGCAUGGAAGAAGCCCAUUUUUUGUAAAUACUGAUGGAAAAGCAAAAUGUUUAAUUUGUCACAUGGUAUUGAGGCCAGCCAAGCCAAGUUCUGAAGAGGUAAUUAUUAAUUUGGUCGUAGUUGAUUAUUAUUAAUGGUGUCGUAAUGCAAGUUAUAUUGUUGCAUUAAAAAUCGCAAAAACUGGGACACCGUUUACUGACGGUGCACUUCUCAAAGAAUGCUUAGUGGAGUGUGCAGAAAUAUUGUGCCCAUCUCCUUUAAGCAACUUUGAGACAAUUAGUAUGUCCGAGCAAUCAAUUCCUCUUCGGAUACUUGAACUUGGUGCAGAUUUAAAAGAACAACUGCGGGAAAAUGUGCCCAUUUUGUGCAGUAUUCUAUAGCUCUCGAUGAAAGUAAAGACAUUUCUGACACAGCAUAAUUAGCUGUUUUCGUUAGAGGUAUCGAAAUAGUCUUUACGAUCACCGACAAACUACUAGACGUUAUCCCGCUCCAUGAUACAAUGGCCGGAGAAGAUAUUUUUGAUGCUGUAGAAUACACAAUGAAUGACAUAGGUAGACUACUCAAAAGUUUGCGUAGUGUUGUUACUGAUGGAGCGCCAGCAAUUUUAUCGGAAGCACAAGGUUUUACUGGGUGAAUGAAAAUAAAAGUACGCGACGCUGGGCUACCUCCGAUAUCAUCGGUACACUGCAUAUUACAUCAGGAACAACUAUGUGCAAAAACAUUCCGUAAUUUUAAAUCUAUUAUUUAUGUAGUAAUAACAUGUGUCAAUUUCUGCAGAAAGCAAGGUCUCAGCCACAGCAGUUUGAAGUAUUUUUAAAAGACCUGGAAGCAACUUACGGUGACAUACCCUUUUAUUGUGUUACGCGCUGGUUAAGCUGGGCAAAAGUGCUAAAGAUUUUUUUUUGAAAUCAUUAACGACGUUGAGAGGUUUAUGCAAAUGAGAUUCUUACGACGCCAUCUUCAAUGCUUUUCGAAACAGAACCGCCGCAGUUCCAAAUGGAGCUGAUUAAGUUUCAAUGCGAUACGAUCCUUAAGGAUAGAUACCACUACAAUAGUGAUUUAAUUUAGUUUUAUCAAGAUGUUAAGCAGCAAGAUUUUCCCAAAAUUCUUGCACUGACCUUGGAAACUUGCUUUAUGUUCGGUACAACGUACUUCUGCGAGCAGAUGUUGUCUUUAAUGAAUUUGAACAAAACCAAAAAAGGUCUUUGUCUGAUGCGUCCUUAUAGGCGAUACUCAGAAUUUCCAGUGCUCAAGCCGCUGUACCAAAUAUUAGAAAAUUUGUUGAAUCAAAACGCUGUCAAAGAUCAUCUUAAGAAUAAAUGUGUUUACGUCGAAAUUAUUAUCACCCGCGCGUUGACUCGAUCAGACUAAUUCAAAUGUCAAUACGAAUGUCACUCCACUCAUUUUCCGUUGGGGCUGGGAGCCGGCGAAAUUAAACCUUAUCGCGGAUUCGACUAAACUUAGUAAUAAUAUGUAGUUUUUAAGUAAAUGAACAAAAAGGGCUUGGUAUGCCGAUGAAAGUACCUGUCAUAUCGACUGGAAGAUACAACGUGACGGUAGGAUUUUACCAUAACCCAUACGUAUAUCAACGAUCAUGACGUUUUAUAUACAUUUUACAUAUACCUUCAAACAUCUAGAAGCCUGGUGUCAAACUGACAGACUCAAAUGAGCUUUUAAAUGCAUACAAACAGGAUGCAUUAUUUUUAUCUAUUUGCAUUGCCUGCUAUAGCUUUUAAUCGGUACGACAUAAACUUCUGGCGGAAAUCAGUUUGUCAUACCAUGUUUUACAAAAUGAGCCUAAAAUUUCCAUCAAACCUUUUAGGCUUCAUUGGAUUCGGUGAGGACAGUGAAAUUCUCUUGUCACGCUGUAUCUUUAAGUCGGUAUGACAGGUACUUCUGGCAGGAUGCGCCGCCCCGUCUUACUGAGCUCUUCUCGUUCAUUUACUUAAAAACUAUAUAUUAUUACUAAAUUUAGUCGAAUCCGCGAUGAAGGUAUACUCAAUGCCACCAGCUCCCGAGUCAUUUCAAUUCGCCAUGCGUAUGCCGCUGUCUAAUCCUUCCCCCACCUUCACGGAGUUACCACGCAGCACUGUGAUGCGAGUGGUGCUCGGCGCUGCACUGGUGGCACCUGAGUUGGAGAGACCUGGAUUAUGAUAUGGUGAUUCUAUCUAGACGGAAACAAAAUAGUCGCACAAAAAGUGUUUCUGAAAAUAAUUAGAAUAGGAUGGCUGGAUCGGUGAUUAUCUUUUAAUUUGAAUAAAUGUGAUGUUUCUACCGACAAC